UUUCAUCCCACUGUUUGAGUACCGUACCGGUACUGAAAUUGUGCAUCUUUGUUUUAAUAACAAACUAAUUCUGAUAUUACACACUUCACAAGUCUGCAUGUGGAACAGCAUUGUAGAAUUUGGAAGGCGUUCAAUAUACAGAUAUAAUGAUCAAUAGUUAUCCCUUCUUUCUAAGACUCCUGGUAGUACUGUAGUAAUAGGUAGUAGUAGCAUACUUUGUAUAGCACACCAUCCUGCCAUCAAAAUUCCAAAAUGCGACCAAUAUCUCGUGGAGCGUUAAUUGUUGUUGAAGGUAUCGACAGAACUGGAAAAUCAACACAAUGCGAUCUUCUGGUAAAAUCGCUGCAAAAACGAGGCCAAUCAGCGAAGCUAAUGAAAUUUCCAGACCGGUCGACAACCAUUGGUAAAAUGAUUGAUUCCUAUUUGAAAAAAGGAUGCGAUCUUGAUGACCAUGCUAUACAUUUAUUAUUCUCCGCUAAUCGCUGGGAAGCAAAUGAGACUAUGAAAAAGGAUCUUCUCAAUGGUACAACGCUUGUCAUUGAUCGUUAUGCUUUUUCUGGAGUUGCUUACAGCUCAGCGAAAAAAGGAAUGGAUAUAGAAUGGUGUAAAAAAUCUGACGUUGGAUUACCAGAACCAGACGUCGUCAUGUUUCUAAAUCUUAAAGCAGAGGAAGCCCAACGUCGUUCUGGAUUUGGAGAAGAACGUUAUGAAAAAAAAGAUUUUCAAAAACAGGUUGUGGAUAAUUUUAUGGCGCUUAGUAAUGCAGGAGGUCGCUGGGUGCACGUUGACGCUGGCGGCACAAUUGAGGAUGUUAGUAACACAAUGACUGAAAUUGCCCAAAAAACAAUUGAUCAGGCUAAAAAUUCAGAAAUCAAGAAAUUAUGGGUUUAAUAAGUAAUAUUUUAGUGUUUUUUUUUUCAUAAAAUUGUGUUUGAUGGCAAUUAUUGAAGCUGCGUAACAAUAUGUCGCAUUUAUCGACAACCAUUGUGAAGUGCUAAUUUGCUAUAGUGCCAUGUCCAAUGUUGUCAUUGAGAUUCACAUUUCACACAGGUGUUAAAAAAAAUUCAAAUGCAUGGUAUAUAUGGCUGAUUAGGGUUGCUGUUUCAAACUACUGAACUAUUUCUUUUUUUAUUAUUUCAUCUGGCCGAAGUCAGAUGUCUUCAGACAAGCAAUUUAUAACAAGUUUUUACAACCUCCUCACAUAAUGUUUGAUUGUACCCAAAGUGCCAUGUUUGGGCUUACUAGUUCAUGUUAUAUGAAUAGACUUAAUAUCUUUCAUUCCUUACUACAAGAUUUAAAUAAUGUUAAAUAAAUGGUAAAAUUAUAUCACAAAAAUUGUCAAAAAAACUAAACAUAAAAUUCCAAUUUGUAGUUUUCACUGAAUGGCCACGAAGACAACAGUGACAACUUCUCUUAGUAAGCACUUACAAAUGAUCAUUAUUUUUAUGAUUUUCUUCAAUUUUUCUCCUCUGCAACUACCGAGAACAUUUUUUUUAAAUUAGCUACAUCCAUGCCACCCUGACGGUGAUAACGGAUAGAAAUGCUCUUUCGGAUAAGUUUAUUUCUAUUAAAGAAUUUAUUCAUUAGAUCAUUGUUAGAAUUGUAACAAUCAUGAUCCAUUCAAUUAAUACAUUGUAAUCUCAGAAUUCAGAUUUUCUUCCCUGGAUUUAAAUAACAUACGGAGUAAAGGGGAGACUCCAAACUUCGAGUCUUUUAAAAGAGUCUCGUCCUCUUAUUGACAAAAAUUGACUCAAAGUUGAAGGAUUUCUAUUCGUACUUUAGUUCUAAAUUUGAAGAAAACCUGCUGUAAUUUUGCUAACAAAAUAUUUAUUAGCAAUUGAAAGCCUUCUGUUGAGAAUGCAUAGUUACCUCGAACCUUUUUUAAUUAUUGUUGAAACUUAUCGACGAACAAAUUGUCACAGAAUAGGUCAGAUUGGUCAAAAUAGGGACAAAUAACUGUUUAUGUAUCAUUUUUGUGUAAUUCUUGUAUGUGUCUGCUUGUUUAUACAAUUUAGAA